AUGCAGCCAGUCGAUGUUGCGCGCUCAUUGAGCGCUCAAUGGCCAUGCCGAGAAGUUCAGGCGCAGCAGCUUGCUACCUUGUUCAAUCCUCAUCUUCCUAGCCCGCCGACCUUAGUUGUCCAUGGGAUUUCAGCAACUUGCAAAUCCACAAUUAUCCGCGGAGUCCUCUCUACACUCGAAGUCCCGCACGCCGUUGUCCGAAGCAGCGAGUGCAUCACUGGACGGCACCUUCUCACUAAGAUUCUUUGGAACACACUUGAGGCCUUGGGUCAAAAGGACGAAUGGGAGAAAUUUGGAAAGGGACGGUGUGAGCAUGUCAGUUCUCUCGCAGUAUUGCUGGAGGAGUGCCUUGCAACGCGAACUCCGGAGAAACGAGGGAAAUUUGUACUGGUGCUGGAUGAGAUUGAUAGACAAAGAGAAGCACCGCCCACUCUACUGUCGGCAUUGGCGCGACUUGGGGAAAUUAUUCCCUCGCUCUGCGUUGUUCUGGUCCUCAGCUCGACUCCUCGACCCAUGUUUCUUCAGAGCAUAGCAGUUCCGCAUAUCAGCUUCCCUCCGUACACACGCAAAGAGGCCAUCGACAUCCUCCUGGCCUCCCCAGUGCCCACUGUGGAAGGCUUGCCCGACGAAGCAUCAUAUCAUAUCUACCCUCAUUUUGUCUCUACCGUCUAUGAUACCCUGAUUGGACCAACCGUUGGGUCCAUCCCAACUUUCCGAGCCAUCUGCCAGCGACUGUGGCCACAAUUUGUGGCUCCCGUUGUUCAGGGCGAGGCAGCGCCUGGCGGGGGCACGGAUUGGGACUUUGCGCGACUAGUAGUGAAGAACAGAGUACUUUUCCGCCAUCAAGGAGAAUCGGCUCUGGUGCAUCGAAUUGUUCCAGAGGAAUCUGCCGCUUCAAGCAAAACAAUUCUUCUUUCCCAAGCCCAGGCAGAGGAGCGACAAGCGGCCAAUGAUCCUUCAACGCCAAACAAAAAGGGCAAGCGAUCGAAGACCCGAAUCACGAAGUCUACUCUCUCGUCGGCCUUUGCAACAUCCUCGGCCACUACUUCGGCCACUGGCGGCGGUGGAGGAAUCACCGGUCCAUCCACCAUCCUCACAGCCCGGCCAUUCCCAUUAGAACGUCUUCUGGCCGUCUACCACGCCGUCGAUCCGAACCCACCAGCAAAUCCAAUUCACACACCUGCAGUCUCGGACCAGAUCUAUGCCGAACUAGCUACGCUACGGCGGCUGCGUCUAGUGGUUCCAGCUUCGGGCCACCAUGGCGGGGCCACCAUGGGCAGUGGAAAUACAAGCGCGGAUGCAGGAGAGAAGUGGUGCGUCAAUGUCUCGGGUGACUGGAUCGGCGAAUUGGCUAAGGGGAUCGGUGUUGAAGUUGGAGAAUGGCUCGCCGGUGGACUGGACUAG